UUUUUAACAUUUUUUGAGGGGAAACAAUCAAAUCAACAAGCAGCAGAUAUUCUUUAAAAACGCCUUUUUUAAAACUAGAGAUAAUUUAAUAUAUAUUAAAAGAAAAAGACAUAGAUAUAAGAUUUAAGACUUUUAUGGAUUACUCGAGUGAAGAUAAAGAGAAUGAUUAUUUUGCUCAAGAAAACUUUCCAGCGGAUAUCUCUCCUCGUUUAGCUCUAUUAUUCACAAGAAUACAAUACAGAGGGACGCAACCACUAUUUCCAGCAUCUUGGAAGAUAGAUUUUCUUGGACUUCCAUCUACUCUUUUUGUCCAAAGUAAUUCUAAUUUUAGGCCACCAAUAUGUUCUAUGAAUAAUACGGAUAGUGGUGAAUUCAGAGGGAAAUUAGCUUUUAAAAGACUAGUAUUUCUUGGGCGAGAUAUUCGAGAUAGAAUCCAGUUGAAUAAGGAAUAUCGUUUACCUCAUGAUUCUCUUGCUAUUGAGCCAUAUAUUUUGAGUGAGCUUAAACGUUUUCAACAAUGGAUGGAAAAAGAUAGCGUAGGACUUUUUAAUCUUGAAAAGACAAAGAUUCCAUAUCUUAUAUAUGUAUCAUCAUGCUAUUCUGACUUUUCGAAAAAUGUAAAUAUGAAUAUUAAUAAUGAUUAUAUGAUUGUUGCAGAAAAAAUGGAAAACAAAUUACGCGAAGCAGCUCAAUACCAUAGACAACGAAUUCUAUCAAAAUAUGCGGACCGAUAUUCCAUUUAUAAUCCACCAACUCCUCCUCACGAAGAAUAUGAAAAUACCCAAGUAGUAACGAUUGAUAAAUUUCCUACAAUUUACGGUUUUGCCAUAUGCAGGUCCCAAGUUGCAAUAGUCUCAUUGAAUUCAAGUGAUUUGAAAAACCCUAUUCGAACAUUACUUGUUAUAGAUUACUGUAAUGUUACACAAGAUUUAUGGUCUGCCAUUGCUAUUGCAUUGACAAUGGUUGCAUCUAGAGAUGAGACAAUAGAAUGGUCUUAUUUUGGAGGUACCAAUGAAAUUUCAAAUUUAACAAAACAAAUGGCCAACGUAAAGAUGACGGAAGAUGUCGAUUUUUGA